GCGUCAGAUGAUAACGGAGAACAUUUCUUACCCACGUCAAUUUGUAUUGGAUUUGCAUUUGGACACAGUCCGUGAUUUUCCAUUAUCGUUGCCAAAGGCCCAACAAUAGGGACAAAUUUUAAACACUGCUUUCAUGCUUACGACUUACAAACAUUACCAUACAUAUUUUGAAUGACAUAAAAGCUAAAACUCAAAACGUUUGUGAUUACUUAAGUGAAUUCGAGCUUCACUGAUUUGACAGGGGGAAAAAGACAAACUUUGUGACUAACAGACCUAAAACGUAACGCAGAAAUCUGGCCAAUAAAAAAAUGGAUUCUUUUACACAAACUUACAAUUCUUAUCUACUACAACUCACUCUCCCACUUACAACUAUGGUUAUGGCUAGACUGAACCAUAACCAACUUCUGCUUCCGUGAAUGCCUUAUUGCACCACACUAUGGGAGGAGUGCAGAAUAUUACCCACGGUGCAGUAGUACGUCCCGGCUUCCUUACUUCCAGAGUGAAGCAAACAUGGCAGCGCCCAUAAUUUAAAAGUAAUUUGAGUUGAGGAGUUUCAUUUUUGAACACUUUAUGAGCAUUAGGUGGGCACGUGUCGUGUACUCCUUGUCCUUAUCAAGGUCCAGAACAAUUUUGUUAAAGCAGCUGAUUUUGUUACCAGGAACGUUUCCAAAAAACAAUUUCUCACUGUGUAGGGGAGCUCAUGCCCUGACGUCUAUGGAGACAGAGACUGGGCACGUUACCUCAACUGAUCAGCCACUGUGUGAAACUGGGUGUGUUAUCUCAUCUGAUCAAUGGCAGAGUGUGACUGGCCAUGUUACUUUGUCUGAUCGACCAGAGACUGAGAUUCCAUCUGAUCAGUCACAUGGGUCGAAUGUCUGUGAUGGAGUACGAGAUGUGAAAGGUUGUGAGCUCUCAACAAAUGGUAGCGCCUGUGUACCCCCUGAAAUAAAGAGCAAAUUGACUGUAAUUACCGAAGGAAGUACGCAAAUACUGUUUGGAAGUGCAAAUGAAGUAUUUUAUAAUCCUGUCCAGGAGUUUAACAGAGACUUAACAUGUGCUGUCAUCGCAACAUUUGCUCAACAGCAGCUGGUAACUCAUGGAAUUCAAGUUUCCAUUCCAGGGGAGGAGCCAGAGAAGCGACUUGUGGUGGAUCUUUCAGAAAAAGAUACUGAUAAAACUGCGAAAGAAUCUUGCGUUCCGAAGAAAACUGUAGCAGCUGGUGAAAAAUGUGAGGAAGGAAUCCGGAUCCUGGAUGCAUUGGCAGCAUCAGGACUUCGCUCUAUUCGUUUUGCAAAGGAAAUUCCAGGUGUUUGCAACAUUGUGGCUAAUGAUUUUUCCCCUACUGCAGUCCAGUUAAUAAAGAGAAAUAUCCAGUUUAAUGAGGUGGAACAUCUGGUAACACCUAGUCUUGCAGACGCCAGCAAGCUAAUGUUUGAGAGGAAGGGAUGCCGGGAUCGAUUUGAUGUGAUUGACAUUGACCCCUAUGGGAGUCCUGCCAUGUUUCUGGAUACAGCUGUCCAAGCUGUAAGUGAGGGAGGCCUGCUGUGUGUAACAUGUACCGAUAUGGCAGUGAUGGCAGGAAACAGUGGUGAGACGUGUUACAGCAAGUAUGGGUCUAUGUCCAUCAAAAUUAAGUCCUGUCAUGAGAUGGCUCUUAGAAUCAUUCUUCACAGCCUGGACCUGCGAGCCAACUGUUACCAUCGUUACAUUGUCCCUCUGCUCUCCGUCAGUGCCGACUUCUACAUUCGAGUAUUUGUCCGGGUCUUCACAGGGCAAGCUAAAGUUAAGGCUUCUGCCAGCAAGCAGGCCUUGGUGUACAGCUGUGUGGGUUGUGGAACCUUCCAUAUCCAGCGGAUGGGCAGAAUGACCAGCCGUGACAAAAAUUUUCACUACACUGCAGCUACAGGGCCACCAGUAGGCAUGUCCUGUGAAUACUGCCACCAAAAACAUCAUCUUGGAGGCCCAGUCUGGGCAGAACCAAUCCACGACUUCAGUUUUGUUGAGAAGGUUCUUAAGGCAGUUGAGAAAAAUCCUAAAAGGUUUAAAACCUCAGAGAGGAUACUUGGCAUGCUAAGUAUGAUAACAGAGGAGCUGCCUGAUGCCCCCCUUUAUUACAGCGUGGAUCAUCUCAGCAGUACUAUUCGCUGCAACAUGCCGUCAUUACUGCAGAUCAGGUCAGCCAUCCUUCAUAGUGGUUACAGGGUAUCCUUGUCCCAUGCCUGUCAAACUGCCAUCAAGACAGAUGCUCCAUCUUCUGUUAUUUGGGACAUCAUGAGAUGCUGGGAGAAAAUGAAGCCAGUCAAAAGGGAAAAGCUUUCUGAAUCCAGUCCUGCAUAUCAUAUACUAGGGAAGGAACCCGUGUUACGGGCUUGUUUUGAUAUUCGAGCAGAUGCCAACCCCAAAUCCAGGAUAAGGCAUAUGAAACGAUUCCAGGAGAACCCUGAAGCCAACUGGGGGCCUAAAGCCAGAGCCAAAGUAGGAGGAGGCAUCUCUGCUGCAUUGGAAGAAAGGAGAAAGCAAAACCAGAACAAAAGAAAAAGUCCACAAGAUGCAGCUGACCUGAAGAACUUUCCAUGUAAGAGGUUUAAAGAGGGAAACUGCACAUAUGGUGAAAGAUGUUGUUAUUCUCACGACACAGGAUUUUGUGCAGAGGAGGAUAAUCCGUGCGAUCAUCCUGCAACUUCAGAGGGGGACAAGAGAUGUGAGGGUCCCACUCACUGUCCUGAGACUUCAGAGGGGGAUAAGCAAUGUGAGGAUCCCGCUCACCAUCCUGCAGCUGAGGAAGGGAAUAAGCAGUGUGAAGGUCCUGAGUCACAUACUGAGGCGUAGUAAAUCCACCUGACUGGAGCACUACACAAAAAACUGUCUACAGAUUGUCUUUUUUUAAUCCCAGUCUUCGCCGCAGCUUUUUAUUUAUUUAUUUUUUUCUUGACUAGGUGAAACGAAGCACUGUUAAGAACAGUGACUUCUACUGAACCAGACAUUAAGACUAUGUGAAAGUUUUUGCAGACAUAUGAAAAAUUGUUUGCAUUUUACCCUGUAAACUGAAACACUGUAUUAAGUGUCACACAAACGAAAAGUUAUCAGAUAAGAGAAUUCAAGAAAUGAUAAAAUUCUUCAAGAAGUGACUGAGCAGCUGUGGAGACUCCCAGUUAUCUAGAUAACUGUAUUUAGAUGUGUAUGCAUUGCUACAUGAAUUCAUGUAGCUCUGAAUGUCAGCUAGAAGCAAAUGAUACCAUGUACACAACGUAUCUGCACCCCCCCCCCCAUCUUAGUAAUCUUAAAUGUCAUUGUAGUCAAGGGCCCUCAUCCUGCCAUUACUGCAGGAAUUAUGUAUCUCUGAAUAUCGGCUAGAAGCAAAUGAUACCAUGUACAGUACGUGUCUGCACCCCCCCCAUCUUAGUAACAUUAAAUGUCAUGGUAGUCACAGCCCUUAUCCUGCCAUUACUGCAGGAAUUAUGUAUCUCUGAAUAUCGGCUAGAAGCAAAUGAUACCAUGUACAGUACGUGUCUGCACCCCCCCAUCUUAGUAACAUUAAAUGUCAUGGUAGUCACAGCCCUUAUCCUGCCAUUACUGCAGGAAUUAUGUAUCUCUGAAUAUCGGCUAGAAGCAAAUGAUACCGUGUACAGUACGUGUCUGCACCCCCCCCAUCUUAGUAACAUUAAAUGUCAUGGUAGUCACAGCCCUUAUCCUGCCAUUACUGCAGGAAUUAUGCAUCUCUAAAUAUCGGCUAGAAGCAAAUGAUACCAUGUACAGUACGUGUCUGCACCCCCCCAUCUUAGUAACAUUAAAUGUCAUGGUAGUCACAGCCCUUAUCCUGCCAUUACUGCAGGAAUUCAUGUAGCUCUGUUUGUCAGCUAGACGCACAUAAUGCUGUGUACAGAAUGUUUGCAUUCCCCCAUAACACUGUUAAAUGUCAUGGGAGUCGUGACACGUGGCAAACUGCACAUGUAUAUGCACACACACACACCCUGUUAUUAGGCUUCCCAGUGCACUACUUUACAUGAAUUCUGGAGCGAGUCCUACAACUCAGUUGUGCUGUCAUACAUCCACUUAAAAGAAAUAAGCACGGAGUCCAUAAUGGAAGUAUAUUUGGAGGCUGGGUGUCAAGUACAUAAAGCCAAAAAGCUUCGUUAUAAAUUAUUUUUGUUUUUAAUAAACUGGGAGAAAAUUGCUUUCAGUAGUUUUCUUUUAAAAACAAACUGGGGUAAAAUUGCUUUCACUAUGUGAAUAUGUACAUUUAAAAUCAUUAAAGCAAAAAGUGAUGCUUUGUCACUGUUACUUAA